GUCAAGUCAGGCGUUGGCGAGAAGUGGCAAAAGUUUUUUGAAGUUCAAAAUUUUCUCGAAAUUUCAACGCAUCUGGUAAAAUGCAGGCCAUUAAAUGUGUCGUUGUUGGUGAUGGAGCUGUAGGAAAGACUUGUAUGCUAAUCAGCUAUACAACCAAUGCAUUCCCUGGAGAAUAUAUCCCAACUGUGUUUGACAAUUAUUCUGCUAAUGUAAUGGUAGAUGGAAGACCCAUUAAUCUAGGAUUAUGGGAUACUGCAGGUCAAGAGGACUAUGACCGACUUAGGCCACUCUCCUAUCCCCAGACAGAUGUAUUUCUAAUUUGUUUUUCAAUAAUCAGCCCAGCUUCAUAUGAGAACGUCAGAGCAAAGUGGUACCCAGAGGUAAGCCAUCACUGCCCAGGUGUACCCAUUAUCCUAGUCGGCACUAAGCUAGAUUUACGUGAUGACAAAGACACCAUUGAAAAAUUGAAAGAAAAGAAACUAUCUCCACUGUCCCAUGCCAACGGACUUCAAAUGGCAAAAGAAAUAAAAGCAGCCCAAUACCUAGAGUGUUCAGCAUUGACCCAAAAGGGACUCAAAAAAGUCUUUGAUGAUGCAAUACGAGCAGUUCUUGUUCCAAAGAAGCCUACAAGAAAGAAGAGAAAGUGUGUCCAUCUUUAAACCAGCAGGAGGUGAAGUGUACAUACAUUUACUCCUUACUGAAAAUCGUUAGGGGUAAAGCUAUAAAAGUUGUACAAACACAGUCAAUGUCCUGUGCAGGAUUCUCAGUAGAGGUGUUUUAGCAAGGUUAUACAUUUCGUUUAGUUGAAGCAAACUCUGUUUCCAUCUUUGGAAAAGCAAGCAAAUUUUAUACCUUAAAUGACUACAUUUAAUAAUAUUUACUAAAAAUCCUCUAUAGCAUGUUCUCAUAGUGUCAUUUAAAUACCACUGUCAGAAUUCUUCAUAAAAGUUUCAUUCUUAACAAAUUUUUAUUACCUUGUGAGAAUAGUAAUAUAGUGCAUAGAGAUAGUUAGGGGAGUCUUGAAGCCAGAAACAGAUGUAGAAUAAGAAGUGACCUAGCCCUUGAUAUGUACGAGAUUUUUUCUUUUGCUCUACCUGAAGAAGUUGUGUUCAUGAUGCAGUUUUGUCUAGAGUGCCUCAGCCUCCCUCCCUCACACUAGUUUUUAGCUAGUUAUCUCUUCCUUUAAAAGAUUCCUUGAUCAGCUGUAGUAAUAAUUGACAAGAAAGAGUAUAAGGUAUUCCGAUAGUAUAGCAGUAGUAUAUACAAAAUUCCUAUUGAGAAUCCUGCUUGAGUGAAUAUAGAUUAUUAGGUAAAAAACGGUCUUGCAUUAUUGAUCCUACAUGGUAAAUGUAGGAGUCGGCAACUGAAAUGACAUAAAGACAAAAUUUCAUUGCUUCCUUUGUUUUCAGCAUGCUGAUUGUGCUGGCUUUGCUAGAUAACAGUUAUUGUAGAUUUGAUGCUUUAUUGCCAUUUAUUAUUCUCAAGGGCAGAUCCAAAGGGGUUGGAAUGGAUAGCCAUCAAAGAAUGUAAAAUCUAAAGAUGUUAUUUGAUGCUUUUGGUGGCAACAGCUACUGUACCUCCCCUAGAAAUUGCCCUGGAUCUGCCCAGGCAUUUUAAUUUUAAUUUCUUCUGAAAAUACAGAAGAUUUUGACGAUA